ACCGGAAGUCAGAGCGGAUGUACAUAUUAAGAUUCCCCGAAGAAGAAGUCGGAUAGAAGGCAUCAACACGCUGUCUUAUUUUUUGUUUUUCGUCACGUUAAUAACUGUAAUAAUUGUUUAGGGGAAAAUACAUUACUGUGCAGUUUUGACACCAUGCCCGUUAUCUGUGCUGCUAUAGGAUGCAACAAUAAGUUUGUGAAAGGCUCAGAAAUCCGAUUUUACAGGUUCCCUCUCAGCAAACCUCAACUCGCCAGCAAAUGGGUCCACAGCCUGGGGAUGAAGAACUUCAUCCCGACCGCCAACACCUGCCUCUGCUCGGAGCAUUUCAGGGCCGGCUGCUUCAGGGACUACAACGGAAAACAGUUCCUGAGGGAGGACGCCGUGCCCACCAUUUUCAGCCAGGGGCAGGACUCAUCGAAGAUUGAACUUCGCAAACGAGGGGUGAUCCCGAAGGAGGCGAGUGCGGUGAACCGGCGGGAACACAGGCGGACAGAGACAAAGCGCGAGAGGCCGUGUCUUUGGUCUGGUGUCUGCAGGCCGACCGCCGGGCCCAAGAGCAAAGUGUACGACAGCAAGGGCCGGCUGCUGUCCAACAACAAGGACAUGUGCGACUGCCUGGACGUGGACUGCAUGGGCUGCUUCUACCCCUGCACCGACUGCGGCUCGCGCAAGUGCGGCGUGGAGUGCCGCUGCGACAGGAAGUGGCUCUACGAGCAGGUGGAGGUGGAGGGCGGAGAGAUCAUCCGCAACAAGUUUGUCACCUAGCGAGCGGCGGCCCGCGUCGGGGGAGGGGGGGCGGGGGGGGAGUCUGGAAACUGGGCUGGCGGAUGGAAGAAUCUUCCAGAAGGGUCCGUGAUGCGAUACCAGGAUUUGGGAGGAUUCUGCCUGUGGUGGAAAUGCUUUGGGGUGUUUAGAUAUUUUAUUUCUCCGGUGGAAAAUGUUCAUCAUGUGCCAGAGUCUCGCUACUUUAUGAUGGUCCACGCCAAUAACCGUCUGCAGGUUGUUCGUGUCCAUGUAGACACACACACACACACACACACACACACACACUUUGAGUGUGGAGUUUUUUUGUCCUCUUUAAUGGUUUUAUUUUUGUACUUUAAUCAUCACCAGAAGUAAAAACUAUAUUAUUCAUAAUAAUUAAUAGAACACUGAAAUCAGGAUGGAAAGACUAUGUAGUUUGUAUUAAAAUGGAUUUAAUCUUGUGACAUGUAUGUAAAUGAAAAAAGGAGGUAAAUGUUCAAGAAUAAUCUUCAUUGAAUUAUAGCUGAGCUUCAUAUUUUUUUAUUUUUUGUGUAUUCAAUAAAACUGAAAAUAUGUGUAACUGUUGAGAAUGUUUCUAGUAGAUGAAGAUGAGCACAUUUUCAUGUUUGUAGCAUUAAACUUAAAGAUGUGUUUGUAGGA